UACACCUGCCUAGCUCUGCUCACAGCACUUGACUUGGGUGGCGCCACAGCACACCAACCAAGCUUGAUCUUGCUAGAUUGCCAGACAACCGCCAUGUCUCCCACGAUCUCAUCUUCGCUCUGCACCGUCGCCGCCCUGUCCGGCCGGCCGGGCCGUCGUGCCGGCCAGCCGGGAGGCAACAAGCGGGCGGUGGCGCAGCCUCUCGCGGCUGCCGCGGUCACGGAGGCGCCGCCGGCGGUCAUCGCCCCGCCGCCACGCCCCGUCAUCGGCGCUCCGCGGCGCCGCGGUGGGCGCGGCGUGGACGGUGGCCCCGACGAGCUCGUGGCGUGGAAGAGCAUCCGGCAGGAGAGGUGGGAGGGCGCGCUGGAAGUGGAGGGCAAGCUCCCUACGUGGCUGGAUGGCACGUACCUGAGGAACGGCCCGGGCCUAUGGGACCUCGGGGACUACGGCUUCCGCCACCUGUUCGACGGCUACGCCACGCUGGUGCGCGUCUCGUUCCGCGACGGCCGCGCCGUGGGCGCGCACCGGCAGAUCGAGUCGGAGGCCUACAAGGCGGCGCGCCGGCACGGCAAGGUGUGCUACCGCGAGUUCUCCGAGGUGCCCAAGCCGGACAGCUUCAAGUCCUUCGUCGGCCAGCUGGCGAGCCUCUUCUCCGGCAACUCCCUCACCGACAACUCCAACACCGGCGUCGUCCGGCUCGGCGACGGCCGCGUGCUCUGCCUCACGGAGACCGUCAAGGGCUCCAUCGUGGUCGACCCGGACACGCUAGACACGGUGAGCAAGUUCGAGUACGAGGACAAGCUGGGCGGCCUCAUCCACUCGGCGCACCCCAUCGUCACCGACACCGAGUUCUGGACGCUCAUCCCGGACCUGAUCCGGCCCGGCUACGUGGUGGCGAGGAUGGACGCCGGGAGCAACGAGAGGCAGUUCGUGGGCAGGGUGGACUGCCGCGGCGGGCCGGCGCCCGGGUGGGUGCACUCCUUCCCCGUCACGGAGAACUACGUGGUCGUGCCGGAGAUGCCGCUCCGGUACUGCGCCGCCAACCUCCUCCGCGCCGAGCCCACGCCGCUGUACAAGUUCCAGUGGCACCUCGAGUCCGGGAGCUACAUGCACGUCAUGUGCAAGGCCAGCGGCAAGAUCGUGGCGAGCGUGGAGGUGCCGCCGUUCGUGACGUUCCACUUCAUCAACGCGUACGAGGAGAAGGACGAGGAGGGGCGUGUGACGGCGAUCAUCGCCGACUGCUGCGAGCACAACGCCGACACCUCCAUCCUCGACAACCUCCGUCUCCACAAUCUCCGGGCAUUUACCGGCGAGGAUGUCCUCACCGAUGCCAGGGUGGGGCGGUUCAGGAUACCGCUGGACGGCAGCCCGUUCGGCGAGCUGGAGGCGGCGCUGGACCCGGAGGAGCACGGCCGCGGCAUGGACAUGUGCAGCAUCAACCCGGCCCACCUCGGCAAGGAGUACCGCUACGCCUACGCCUGCGGCGCGCGGCGGCCGUGCAACUUCCCCAACACGCUCACCAAGAUCGACCUGGUGGAGAAGACGGCCAAGAACUGGCACGAGGAGGGCGCGGUGCCGUCCGAGCCCUACUUCGUGGCGCGCCCCGGCGCCGUCGAGGAAGACGACGGCGUGGCGAUAUCCAUGGUGAGCGCCAAGGACGGGUCGGGCUACGCGCUGGUGCUGGACGCCAAGAGCUUCAAGGAGAUUGCCCGGGCCAAGUUCCCCUACGGGCUGCCCUACGGCUUGCACUGCUGCUGGGUGCCCAGGGACAAGUAACACAGACCAGCCAGAGAACCAACCGGUGCCAUUGUUUCUCUGCUAGCUUCUCGCGUACAGGGUCAGCGAAUCCAAGUCGGUGGUCGCUAAAAGAAAGAGAAAUGAAUUCAGGUCGGUGGUUGCAUACGUGGAUGUUUGUGUCGCUACAAAGAUAGUCAGAUCGUUAGUAGUAGUUUUCUGUAGGAAAAAAGGUAUACACGUAGUGAUGUAUAGACAGAUGUGUGAUGUUGUAUACGGGAGGUGAAACUACAGGGAAUUGUGUACGUAGCCUGGUCCGAUUAUCAGUGCUGAAGUAAUGCACAACGUGUAAUGUGUACAUAAUUCGUUGCUUAGUGUUGUUUACCAGUAUAUGUAGUAUAGUUAAUAUUCCAUUGGAAAUAAAAGGAUGUCUUGUUUG